AUGUUCAAGCAAACAGUCUGUCUUUUACAGAAGUCCACCAAGGGUGCUUGGAGCAAUAUGCUCCGUGAUCCCUCGACCAAGUAUUCGGCCUUCGAGGGUGUACAACUCAAGGAUCGUACCUGGCCUAACAACAAGAUUAAGAAGGCGCCACGUUGGUUGUCCACAGAUCUCAGAGACGGCAACCAGUCACUUCCAGACCCUAUGUCCAUCGAGCAAAAGAAGGAAUAUUUCCAUAAGCUUGUGGAAGUGGGAUUCAAGGAGAUCGAGGUCUCUUUUCCAUCUGCCUCGCAAACCGAUUUCGACUUCACCAGAUACGCCGUUGAACACGCUCCAGAGGACGUUUCCAUUCAGGUUUUGACCCAAUCAAGAGAACAUCUGGUUCGCAGAACCGUGGAUUCGGUGAAAGGUGCCAAGCGCGCCACUAUCCACACCUACUUGGCCACUUCGGACCUAUUCCGUGAUGUCGUCUUCCACAUGUCUCAGCAAGACGCGAUUGCCAAGGCCAUCGAAACUACCAAAUUGGUAAGAUCACUGACGAAGGACCACCCAGACAUGCAGGAUACCAUCUGGACCUACGAGUUUUCGCCUGAAUGUUUCUCGUCGACUCCAUCCGAGUUCGCUUUGGAGAUUUGUGAGGCCGUCAAGGCUGCCUGGGAGCCAACUGCCGAGAAUCCAUUAAUUUUCAACUUGCCUGCCACCAUUGAGGUCAGUUCGCCUAACGUGUAUGCCGACCAAAUCGAGUACUUCUCCAGAAAUGUGUCCGAACGUGAAAAGGUUUGUAUUUCUCUUCAUCCUCAUAACGACCGUGGUUGCGGCGUUGCUGCCGCGGAGUUGGGUCUGAUGGCUGGUGGUGAUCGUGUUGAGGGAUGUCUCUUUGGAAAUGGUGAGAGAACUGGAAACGUCGAUAUCGUGACUGUUGCACUCAACAUGUACACCAGCGGUGUCUCACCCGAGCUCGACUUCAGCGAUAUCGAAUCGAUCAUUGACGUGGUUGAAAAGUGUAACAAACUUCCCGUUUCCGCCAGAGCUCCAUACGGAGGUUCUUUGGUGGUGUCUGCCUUUUCUGGUUCUCACCAAGAUGCUAUCAAGAAGGGAUUUGCCGCUCAGGAAAAGAGAUGGGCCAAUGGUGACACUCGCUGGAUGAUUCCUUACCUGCCUCUGGAUCCAAAGGAUAUUGGCCGCAAUUACGAAGCCGUCAUCCGUGUCAACUCUCAAUCAGGUAAGGGUGGUGCUGCUUGGGUUGUUCUCAGAACUCUUGGCCUGGAUCUCCCAAGACAGAUGCAGAUCUCGUUCAGUUCUGUCGUUCAGAUCGAGGCCGACAAGCUUGGCCGCGAACUUAAGUCUGAAGAGAUCAGCAAGUUGCUUCAUUCCACUUACAACAUCGACAGUGUCGCCCAAACAAGCGUGCAGCUUUUGGAUACCGAGUUCAAGAAGGGUUCUUCUUCCGAUGAGCUCAUUUUGAACGCCAAGAUCUCCGUUCAUGGUUCUGAACCAAUCAGCAUAUCCGGUACCGGUAAUGGUCCAAUUUCUGCCUUCUUGCAGGCUCUCUCUACCUCCUUCGAUGUUGAACUCGAGGUGGCCAACUACUCUGAGCACUCUGUUGGUAAGGGUUCCAAGACCAAGGCUGCCUCCUAUAUCCAGCUUUCAACCGCUGAAGGCACUUCGCAAUGGGGUAUUGGUAUCCACGAGAACGCUACCAGAGCUUCUGUCAUGGCCAUGGUUUCUUCCGUCAACAGCAUGAUUGCACAGGGCGUCAUUUCACUUGAUCGCGAGCAGAAAAGGUCUUCUGCAUAA